AGAGCUCUGAUGUCAGAUCCGGUUCGCAGCGCUGUUUGACGGAGAGCAGAGCGGCGCAAUAAACAUAUUAAACCGGUUUAAACGAAGAAUCCGGAUUAUCUGAGUAGCGGUUCAGUGGAGGAGAGUACCGCAAACUGAAAUGCUCACGCGCCGAUUUUGUGGACUGUGUUCGAGCUCUGCUUCCCGUAGGAUUAGUGCACGAGCACAGAUCACGGAGUGUAAUAUUGAUGGACCUCUCCGGAACUGCGUAACAACAGCUAAUGAAGCGCGUGCAGUUCGAGUACGGUUUGCCCCAAGUCCCACCGGGUUCCUGCACCUGGGUGGUCUCCGCACGGCGCUGUAUAACUUCCUGUUUGCACGGCAACAUGGCGGGACAUUCAUCCUGCGGCUGGAGGACACUGAUCGGUCCCGUCUCGUCCCCGUGGCCGCACAGGACAUUCAGGACCAGCUGGAGUGGGCGGGUAUUCCUCCUGAUGAGGGCGGGACUAAGGGGGGCGGGUUUGGGCCGUAUAUUCAGUCUCAGAGGAUUGGUUUAUACGCCUCUGCUGCCGCCGCAUUGCUUGAGUCAGGCCACGCCUACCACUGCUUCUGCACCAAUCAGAGACUAGAGCUGCUGAAGAAGGAGGCACUGCGUAGUGGACAAACACCGCGUUAUGAUAAUAGGUGUCGGUCGCUCCACCCUGAUCAGGUGGAGGAAAAACUGUCGUCUGGAGUUCCGUCUGUGGUCCGUUUCCGUCUGUCCAGCAGCUCGGAGCCGUUUGAGGACCUGGUGUUCGGUUUUACCCAGCAUGCCGUGGGGCAGGUGGAGGGCGAUCCGGUAAUCCUGAAGGCUGACGGGUUCCCCACCUAUCACCUGGCCUGCGUGGUGGACGACUGGCACAUGCAGGUGAGCCACGUACUGCGGGGUUCUGAAUGGCUGAUCUCCACCUGUAAACACCUGCAGCUCUACCGUGCCCUCGGCUGGACUCCGCCCACUUUUGCUCACUUGCCCCUUCUACUUAAUAAAGAUGGAACAAAACUGUCCAAAAGGCAGGGGGACAUCUUCAUCCAGCACUUCAGACAGCAGGGGGCGCUGCCCGAAGCCCUGCUGGACAUGGUCACUCACUGCGGCUCUGGAUUCCACAGUAACCGCGUCGGCCGUCGGCUGCAGGAUCUGAUCUCUGAGUUUAACGUCUCCAAGAUCAGCUCUCACUCCGCCCUGCUGGACCUGGAUAAACUCCCCGAGUUCAACAGAGUUCACCUGCAGCACAGGCUGGAGGACGAGGUUUUGUGUCGCCCCCUGGUGGAGGAGCUGAGGGAUCUGAUCUCUCAGUGUUUCAGAGAUCAGAUAGAGGAUCAGGAUCUUCUGCAGAAAGACUACCUCCACCGCAUCCUGCAGCUCCGCAAGGGUCACAUCUCGUCAGUAAAGGAUCUGAUCACACCUGUGUAUUUGUACCUGUGGCUCCGCCCCUCUGUAUCCCGGCAACAACUAGAGGAGAUGAGCUCUGAGUCCCCAGAAAUCAUCAGCCGAGUUAUACAGGUGCUGCAGGAGGAGGAAGGUGAUGUUUACACUGUUGAGGAUCUGAAUGAUAAACUGAAGCUCGUCUCCAAAAACCUGAAAAAAACUAAAUACAGUACCUUAAUGAAGAUCCUCCGACUCGCUCUGAGCGGCCAGCAGCAGGGUCCGGGUGUGGGAGAGAUAAUGGUGACGUUGGGACGGAGGGAGGUCUGCUGUCGGUUACAGAAGCUGCUGAAUGUCUGAACAUGUUUUCAUACUAAAUAAAAGUUAUUAUAAUAAAUUA